AUGUCGAAUUAUCUAGGCUGGUCUGUGGGUGCCUGGGCAGGUACUCGUACCAGUGUCACUGACAAUGCCGACGCCGAAGCUUUCAAAGAGGCCCACCUUGAACCGGCGAGCAGUGGCAUAAAAGUUCAGAAGCUUGAAGUCUUCCUUACAAUGGUCCAAGCAGAACCAGAACCAGAACCAGAACCAGAACCAGAACCAGAACAAGAACCAGACUACACCGUCGUGUUUCGGAAAAAUGCACUUGUCGGGCGGCUCUGGGAGGCGCUUCUCAAGAAAAUGCCCAGCGAGUCCCCAAUUCCCUUCAAAGAGCUCUGGAAGGACUUCGACACAGACGACCGAAAAGACCAACUUGAAGUCUACAAACUCGCUCUUGACAGCAUCGCUUCAUCAGGUAACGAGCGGGCCAAGCUUCUUGGUGUGCAGGUAACGGCCCUUAGCUGGCUUGAUGACAUUUGGGAAGUUGAAGAAAUCCAGCAAGCUGGCCCGAAGAUUGUGCAAAUGAUGAAGGAUCCCAAAGAACAUAUCAAACAAGACGAAAGCGGCAAGAAGCUGAACAUGGUUUUGGAUGGCAUUGUUUUCGCUUGCUACCUUGCCAACUGGCUUCUGGAACAUCAACAGAAGCAUGCAUGCUAA